UGAGGAAAAUCUCGAGAACGAAACUUUUAUUUCUGAGAUUUGUGCGCAGUGUUUUUCGCCUAAGUUACAGUAACUGCAUGUUGUCCUUAUUGCACUAAUUUUAGGGGCCAGCCCCGUCAGCGCGACGGAGUUAUUUACCUAAAAUUCUCAAAUCUGAGAAGGGGCUCCGCUGGUAUUUCAUGAAAUUAUUACUAUUAUAUACGACUUUACGUGGUAACUGCGGUUUAUCGCAUACUGGACUCCGGCUGGAGCAAUACUGACAGUCACGCCUUCUGGCUAGAAAGUGAAUUACUUACAGCCAUGUGGCCGCUCGGAGUCGUAUCGCUAUUACUAAUAUUGCUAAAAAGAGGUGUUUGUUCCAUUAGGUUGGAUAAAGCCAGUGCGUUCCGAUAUCUGCGACCGCUGAUUUUACCUCUAACUGGCCAGUCCGCCGACUCACGUGAGGCGGGAAGCACGCUCGUAUGUUCGAAUUUCGAAAAGCGCGCCAGAAUAAAUACCGGCUAACUUUUAUUGAUUGUUCGUGAAUUCAAAGAUGUAACAAGAAUCAUUGAAGAUAAUGAUAAUUUAGAAAAAAUAUACGUUCGGAUGUAUAAUUUAACUAGAUCCAAAUACAGUAUCAAUUACAACUCUUGAAUUUUCGCGAGUGAUUAAACCGUAGUUCUUUCACAUUUUGAAGAAAGUUCGUUUCUACGCCAAAUAUGUUAUUCAAGCAAGCAAGACUGCAAUUAUUGUUCCUGGCGCUACUGGCGUCCGCGACAGCCGUGGUACCAGGGUCGUCAAGUGCGAACGAGAUCAACCACUUGCAGAAACCUCGAGCACCGGCCCAGGGGGGCUCUUUGUACCCACAAGCUACGGAGACCAGAGACUUGAGGAAUUUAGAUGGCAUAUGGAACUUUCGGAAGUCGCCUGUAGAUCCAGAGCAUGGAUAUCGGCAUAGGUGGUUCGCACAAGAUCUCGAAAAGACAGGUCCAGUGAUCCACAUGCCAGUGCCGUCGUCAUACAACGACAUAGGCACGGAUGCGUCCCUCCGCGACCAUGUGGGCCUCGUGUGGUACGACCGGCGGUUCCACGUCCCAGCCGGCUGGGCACGGGCCGAGCAGCGGGUCUGGCUGCGUUUUAGCAGCGUUCACUAUGCGGCACAAGUUUGGAUAAACGGCAUCUCGCUAGCAUACCACGAGAUUGGGCACUUACCUUUUGAAGUGGAGAUCACCGACUACGUCCGGUACAACGGCAGCAACCUCCUCACCGUGGUGGUGGACAACACGCUGCUGAAUGACACCGUCCCGCAGGGCGCCAUCACUGAAUUACAGACAAACCAGACGUUCCGGCUCAAGCAGUCAUACACUUUCGACUUCUUCAACUACGCCGGCAUCCACCGCUCUGUGUUCCUGUACAGCACGCCGCAGGCCUACAUCGAUGACGUCAUCGUCAACACCGAUAUACAGGGGCUCACUGGUUUUGUGGUAUACAACAUCACGUUCAAAGGAUCCGACGCAAGCAACAUUAUAUGUCUCGUCCAACUGUUUGACAAGAACGACACGCAAGUGGUGGCAGCGCAGGAUUGUGCCGGGCUGCUGGAAGUCGGCAACGCCAACUUCUGGUGGCCUUACUUGAUGGAUCCUAAUCCUGGGUACUUGUACACUAUGAAGGCCACAUUGAUAGGGCCUCGAGGCGAAGUAGUAGACACCUACUACCAGAAAAUUGGCAUCAGGACCGUGACGUGGACCAACACCAGUGUUUUCAUCAACGACAAGCCUUUAUAUCUACGAGGCUUCGGAAUGCAUGAGGAUUCUGAUUUACGGGGGAAAGGCUGGGACCCAGUGUUGUGGAUCAAAAACUUUAAUCUCAUCCGAUGGGUGGGCGCCAACGCGUUCCGCACCUCGCACUACCCGUAUGCCGAGGAGAUCUACCAACUCGCCGACGAGCAGGGCAUUAUGAUCAUCGAUGAGUGCCCUAGCGUGGACACCAAUUACUUCGCGGACUCGCUGCUCGCCAAGCACAAGCAGUCACUGAAGGAACUGAUCCACCGUGACAAGAACCACCCCAGCGUGAUCAUGUGGUCUAUCUCGAACGAGCCGAGAUCGCAGAUGAAGGGCGCUGAUUAUUACUUCGGAGAAGUCGUGAGACACGUGAAAUCCAUGGAUCUUUCGAGGCCAGUCACCAUAGCUAUUGCACAGAGUUAUAUAUACGAUAAAUCUGCGCAGUAUCUCGACGUGAUAAGCUUCAACCGAUACAACGCGUGGUACCAUGACCCGGGCACAUUGGAGAUCAUUGCGGGCAACGUCAUCGAAGAAGCAACCGCUUGGCACCGCAAGCAUAACAAGCCCGUGCUUAUGUCCGAAUACGGGGCUGACUCCCUCGCUGGACUACACUUCUUACCGGAAUACAUCUGGUCAGAAGAGUACCAAGUGGGCGUAAUGUCAGAGCACUUUAAGGCGUUUGACCAGCUGCGUCAAGCAGGUUUCUUCGUAGGAGAGUUUAUUUGGAACUUUGCAGACUUCAAGACUGCACAGACAUAUACCCGCGUCGGCGGCAAUUGCAAAGGCAUCUUCACGCGCGCCCGGCAGCCCAAGAUGUCCGCGCACCACCUGCGCCGCCGCUACCACGCGCUCGCCGCCGCCGACGACGGCGCGCCGGCACUGCCGCAGCCCUACUACGUCAGCGACCUGACGAGGGCGAGGCAUGACGAGCUCUAGGAGCCAUCACCUCGUUGAAACCAUACUAACACAACUCGCCUUAAGAUACUUAGCUAUAUACGAGUGUUGCAUACCUACUUUUAGCUCCAGACGCCGUGCGAUGUGUACUACGAGGCUCUGAAGCUGGCAUCCCGUAGAAUAGAAAACCGGCAAAGAUUUUCCUUCUCCGCGUUCAAUUCGCCCCCUGGCACUGAUGGGCGGCCGACAGAAAACAACUGUUGCGAGAAAAACAAUAAAUUAUUUUGUUUCAUCAUAACUUAGUGAGAGCUGUGAGAUGAGAGCUCUAUAGCUGUUGUUGAUGAUGUUGAUGUUGCUGCCUCAUGGAUACGCCCAGACAGACAUUUUUUCCUUUCCAAACUUGUUAAAGUAAACCAAGAUAUUUUUUAAGACGCCGUUACAAACGUGUAGCACGAAAUAAUUCAGAUGGCCAGUUGUGUUAGCUCCAGUGGUAGUCAUUACAGUCCCUACUGCAAUAGAUAAUCGUGUACCUACUUACAUACAUAUGUAGCACUUCAUAAGGUUAUUAAAGAAAAGGUUGGGUAAAGCCGACUUUGCGGACGCUUUAAAAAAAUAGUUGGAAUUAUUAAACUGUCAAUAAUUUAUUCACCUAAUAGGUAUUAAGUGUCGAGGCACUAAGAGAGAGAAAAGACCUCGGUGCUGGCACCUUAUAUAAUAACAUCAUCUUUAUCCGACUAGAACGACAUUAUAUGUAAGAAAGUAUUUUUUUUCUGUUAACUUAUUUGUUAACCUACUCUCUCUCUCUCUCAUAAGACUUUUUUAUCAAACCAAAUAAAAAUUGUCUAUAAUUUUAUAAGAGCAGAGAUCUAUAUCAUCUUAUUGAGGUACAUUAAGCAUUUCUGCCAUUUAAAUCUUACCAAAAUAAUAAUUAUAAGUAGAUAGUUAAUGCAAUUUUUAGCAUAAGUGAAUACUGAAUAGAAAACCUCACAAAUGUUAGAACGAUAUGCGGUUUUAUUUAAAUAGCCAUUAUUCAUAUCCUCAUGUGCAUGUCAAUUAAAAGCCCAUAUAUGUACAUCACUUGCAGAAGGCCCGUCCAGAUCCAGACCGGAUGAUCAAAUCGACCGAUUUGAUUAGAAAAUCAUUGGCAUCAAUCUCAUCUAGCUAACUUUUAGAUUUAUGGUGACAUUCAAGCGCUCUAAAUUAAUAAAAAUGCCCCCUCAACGCACAUACUAGCGUUCUUUUGGUAUUCUUGUCAUAUUAAAUUUUUGACGACCGGUUUGGCCUAGUGGUUAGUGACCCUGCCUACGAAGCUGAUGGUCCCGGGUUCAAAUCCUGGUAAGGGCAUUUAUUCGUGUGAUGAGCAUGGAUAUUUGUUCCUGAGUCAUGGGUGUUUUCUAUGUAUUUAAGUAUUUAUAAAUAUUUAUAUUUUAUAUAUAUCAUUGUCUAAGUACCCUCAACACAAGCCUUAUUGAGCUUACUGUGGGACUUAGUCAAUCUGAUGUGUAAUAAUGUCCUAUAAUAUUUAUUUAUUAUUUAUUUAUUUAUUAUUAUUAAAUUUUACAAUCGAAUCAAAUGGGAUCGGUGACCAAUGACAUUUUUGCGUCCACGCCACCUGAUUUGAUAGGAGAAUUUAAUUAUAUUGAGCAAAUAAUUGUCCCAUCUGGACUGGCCUUGUCACCUCUCAUAGCGGACCUUUUUUCUCGGCAACUAAUCGCGUUGAUGGUGGACAAACUAAAUGUAUGUCGAAAAUAAUAAAAACUUUUGUGGGUCAUAUUUUCAAUCUGUUUAAGUACCUAUUUUGUUUUAAACAACAUCUAAUUAAUUCAAAUCAGACGCAGGCAGCCAAGCCUUGAACUAAUACGUACAGAUGUAGUGAAUAAUCCUUUUUCAUCGUAUUUUCACGAAAACGUACGAACGUGUCAUGCUAUUUCAGUCUGUCUCAGUACAAAGAGUACUGAGGUUGACAGCAUGAUAAAUACGAACAUUUCUAGGAAAACACGAAGGGAAAGGAUUAUUCACUUCAUCUGUAGUGUGAAUGUAUAUUAUUCCUACCUACCAAUCGUCUCAGCUAAGCUAAAUUAUAUAUGCAUGAAUUUAUAAGUACUUUAGUAUAUAAGUAGGUAAUUAUAGGUACCUCAUAAGUACUAACAUUAUGCGCGCUACCCGGGUGGGUGUCAUGUACUGACUACAUCCAACUAACAUCUUCUGUAAUGCACAUGACUUUUAAUGUUGAAUAAAUUAAAUGAAAUGAAAUAAGUACCUAGAAUUAUUUGACAGACUUCAAAAUGAAGUUUAGAGUCAGACCAUGCUAAGUUGGCAGCGAUUUUAAUAGCCUAGCCUGUGCAAGUAUUAAGUAAACGUCUUAAUUUCAUAGAUGUUUGAAGUUUAAAAUAACACUUGCACUGGUUGUGCUGUCCAAAUCGCUGCCAACUUAUCUUGGUCUGACUUUACAAUUUACAAUUACCGCUACAUCAAAUAGUCACAUCAUCGGUAUAUUAUUUCCUCCACCACGCACUUCCCACAAAGUUAUUUGCAAGAUGUUGGUAAUGGCAGUCAAUGGUAGUUUUUCCAUGAGUACAUUGUUUUUCAUGCGUAUCGUGAGAACUUGAAUGAUCGUUGUAUUACUCCAAAAAAAAUGUUGUUGAUAAGUACCUAAUUAAAGACAUUAAAUUAAUGUGUUCAUUUUAUAUAUCCAUUUAAUGUUGUAAAUAUUACUUCUAUAGUGAAUAGGUAAUAUAGUUUGGCAAGCAUUUCCGUCAGUAGAAAAAGCCGGCAAAUUAAAAAAAAAUGGUGCGGAGAGCUCUCCUCCCACGCAAAAUUUGAAUUUCAUACCUUUUUCUACUGAUAAAGUUGUCAGUGUGUAAUUACAUAGUCCUCUUCAAUUAAAGAUAGGUCUUUCUGUAUUUUAUUGAGUGCCACGAAUUUAAUAUUUACCUAAAUUGUUGUUUAAAAUAUCGAAUUAGAGUUAAAUAUGUGCAAGCGUUACUUUGUAAAUUAAUCACUGUAUUAAGUUCAAAAUACUAAUUAAAUAAUAAUACAAUGUAACAUAAAUUAUGUUACACUUUACACACUUAAAAUAAGCAUUUUGAACUUAGUUUAGCAAUAAUAUUAUAUUAUUACCACUCAACAAGUUUUAAUAGAGGUAUACAUUGACUAUACCCAAAUAAAGUACAAAAAUAUAUUUCGA